AACUCACGAAAAUAAUUGCCCCGCGAUCCCUGUUCUGUUGUUUUGUUGAUUUUAUCCCCACUCUUUUGCAGUGUUCCGCACUUCCGCUAUCUUGAGUUGUAAGAAAACUCUCCGCCCUCGCCUGCGCUAUAUUUGCUUGUUCAGAGCUCAGAGCAGCCCUAAACAAGGAGAGCAGCACUAGUAGUAGAACAUUAAGGAGGAGAAAAGAUGAGCAGCAUAGGCACCGGAUACGAUCUAUCGGUCACGACGUUCUCGCCGGAUGGAAGAGUUUUCCAGAUCGAGUAUGCCUCCAAGGCUGUUGAUAACAGUGGCACUGUCAUAGGCAUCAAAUGCAAGGAUGGCAUCGUAUUGGGCGUGGAGAAGCUGAUUGCUUCGAAGAUGAUGCUACCUGGAUCGAAUCGGCGAAUUCACUCUGUUCAUCGCCAUUCUGGCAUGGCUGUUGCUGGGUUAGCUGCCGAUGGGAGACAAAUUGUUGCACGAGCAAAAUCUGAAGCCACCAACUAUGACAAUGUCUAUGGUGAACCCAUUCCAGUGAAAGAACUUGCAGAACGUGUUGCUAGUUAUGUACAUCUGUGCACACUUUAUUGGUGGCUCAGACCUUUUGGCUGUGGGGUGAUUCUGGGAGGAUAUGACAGAGACGGUCCACAAUUGUACAUGGUCGAACCGUCUGGUGUAUCUUAUAGGUAUUUUGGAGCUGCCAUUGGGAAAGGCAGGCAGGCUGCUAAGACCGAAAUUGAGAAAUUGAAGCUCUCUGAAAUGACAUGUCGGCAAGGAGUUAUUGAGGUAGCCAAAAUAAUCUAUGGUGUACACGAUGAGGCCAAGGAUAAGGCCUUUGAACUGGAAAUGAGUUGGGUAUGUGAUGAGUCGAACCGCCAACAUCAGAAGGUUCCAGAGGAUCUCUCGGAGGAAGCUAAAGCAGCAGCCAAAGCUGCACUGGAAGAAAUGGAUGCUGAUUAAUUGGGUCGAGUUUUUGUAAUUUGCUUCAUCUUUCUAGCAUCAGUUUCUUCAUCAAAACUCCUCCAGCAAUUGUGUUUUUUCACUACAACAUUUUGCACUCGCGCGUUUUUAUUCCCUGCUUCUCUAAUUAUUACCCCACAUUAUCGUUAUUAUCAUAUAAUAUAUAUUAUAUACAUAGUAUAUAUUAUAUGUAUGUUGUUACCUCUAGUUUAUGAGGCAUUAUGAGUAUGUUCACAUAACAAAAGAGAUUUCUUUGGAAAUUUUUUGCCAAGAGUAUAUAUUUUAUUGGGUUCAGACCUGAUGGAGUUAUAUCACGGCU